AUGAAUGUCGUACAGGGUUUACUGUCGGCUGUUACUCCGCUAUCCGAUGGUGAUUUUGCUGAUCGUCUUAACUACUGCGUAACCACCGUCGGCUUGGUAUUAACGUCGGCGUUCAUCUCUGGAUGGAGGUACUGGUUGCUAUCAGUUUGAAU